UCUCCAGACCAAAGGUGAGCGCUCACGCAAGCUGCGCCCACUAGCCUCUUCACUUCUCUCCCCCUACAUAUCUCUAUUUUUUCAUUUUCCCACCGGUUCCCCUCCUCUCUCUCUCUCUCUCUCUCUCUCUCACGUUGGAGCAAACUCACUCCGCCUCCGUUUGAUCCACCUUUCCUCCCUCUGACCACCGCCUUUAUCCCAAAAAUUGCCUCUACAACACCGCCGCAAAGAAAAGCUUGGCUCCUUUAUCAUUCUUAUCCCGAGGAAAUAUCCUCCUUAAAAAAGCAAGCAAGCUAACUAGCUUUGUUUCAAAGCAGACGCAGAGAAGUGUAUAUCCCUGAAUAGGUUUGACUGGAACGAGUUUUUAUUUUUGGUUCCUCCCUUGAGUCUGCUCGAUUUGCAGAGAUUGAAGAGUCAAACCGUUUUUUUAUUUCAUUGUUUUGAAGUUUGAAACAUGGCUUGAAUUUUGCGUUAGCGAGAAAGAGAGAGAGAACAGAAAAAGUGUGUCAAAGCUAGCGUGCUAGGUGAGUGGGUGGUAAGGGUGCGCUCGUGCCAAUUUUUUUUUUUUUCCUGGUUGAUGCUGUGAGGUGAGGUCCGUCGAAAAAUGCCUCACAGAACGACUUAUUUCUUCCCGAGGCAAUUUCCGGAUCGGUCCGGAUUCGAUGCAUCUUCUAAGCAGCUGUUGGAUCACGAGAAGAAGAAGCUCAUCAAAGAUACUUUUAACACCGAAAAUGACCACAAAAAGGAAUACUCUGCAGUUGGCACGAGCACAUCACCAGUUCCUACCACGACCGCUAUACCAACUUCAGUAUCUUAUCUCUUCACGAGCAGCGAUGAUGAAAACUACCAUCAAAAGAAGUAUCAGUUUGACGAUAAGUUCCAAAAGAAGAAAAAACAACUUGCCGCCUGUUAUGACUGGCUCGCCGAGAAAAGAGCCAAUAGAUCGGCUUCUCACGUCAAGUUGCAAAGUUUAUCAUCUGAUGAUGAGGAUCGUCAGCUAUUGAUUACACCGGAACCUGCAGCGCCGGAGCUGGAGGUGAUUCCGGAGAUUAUUAAGGAGAGGGAUGUUGACUGCAACGUUGACCGCCAGUUGUCCUUGCCGAGACUGGCGAGUGGGAGUUGGAGUAGUUAUGCAGGUAGCUUGUUCUCGGGGACUACAUUGGAGGGAAACUUUUUGAGCGAUGUUAAGGACACUGCAACUAAUACCACGAGGCAGGAUACGGUGCAGGAGGAGGUGGUGGUGGUGGUGCAGGAUGAGAAGAAUGAAGAGAAGGGGGCGCAGAGGACAAGAGAGUCUUACUAUUUGCAGCUUGCUUUAGCUAAGAGGCUUAGUUUUCAAUCUGGCCUUGCUAGUGAGCUUGUACUUUUGCAGGAGGGCGUGCCUGAGUCCUUCGAUGCAGAAAUAGUAUCUUAUCGUCUCUGGGUUAGUGGAUGCUUGUCGUACGGUGACAGAAUUUCAGAUGGAUUCUAUAACAUUCUCGGGAUGAAUCCUCAUCUGUGGGUGAUGUGUAAUGAUGAAGAGGAAGGAAGGCGGCUGCCGCCUUUAAUUUCCCUUAGAGAAAUUGAACCCAGUGAGGCAUCAAUGGAGGUGGUUCUCAUUGAUGGGCGUGGCGACUCACGGCUUAAGGAGCUAGAGGAUAAAGCUCAUGAAAUCUAUCGUGCCUCGGAAAGUACGUUGGUGUUAGUGGAGAGAUUGGGAAAACUCGUUGCUUUUUGCAUGGGGGGAACUUUCCAGGUAGAGCAAGGUGAUCUUCAUAAACGCUGGAAAGUAAUUAGCAGGAGAUUGAGGGACUUCCAUAAGUGUAUUGUUCUUCCCAUUGGCAGCCUAUCCACGGGGCUUUGCAGGCACCGUGCAAUUCUAUUCAAGAAAUUGGCAGAUUACAUAGGUUUGCCAUGUCGGAUAGCUCGAGGUUGCAUGUAUUGUGUAGCAGAUCACAGAUCUUCUUGCCUUGUGAAAAUUGAGGACGACAGACGGUUGUCAAGGGAAUAUGUGGUUGAUCUAGUUGGGCAGCCAGGAAAUGUCCAUGGCGCAGAUUCCACUAUCAAUGGAGGGUUCAUACCUUCAAUUCCGUCGCCAUUUCAAAUCUCUUGUCUGAAAGAGUUUCAACAUCCUUACAUGGAUAAUGCAUAUAGUCAGAUUCUACGCUCAAAGCAUUCUUGUGCUUUGACAGAAAAUCCUCUAUGUUCAGGCAAGGAAGGAGAAGGCCAAAAAACAAGGGGGAAUCUCAAGUUUUCCUCUUAUGUUCCAGUUGAUCAAGCCUCUCUUGGAAAUGAGUCAACUUUGAUUCCUUUGGAUUUAAGGACGAAUGUGGAACCUCUUGAUGUCGCAGUCGAUUGUUCUAGCCUAGAACUUGAAGCAGAUCAAGUUCUCAUACAACAAACUUACAAAAACCAGAUUGUGGCGUCUGGAAGUCCAAUUAUUGACAAUGUUGGCAAGCAAGCUAAAGUGAACUUUUCCUGUCAGUCAGAUGUGAUGGAGGUGGAGGGUAGACUUGACAAUCAAGGGAGAUUACCUGCUGCCGCUGUCCCAAGAUAUUUGAACCUUGAGCCGUCACUUGCAAUGGACUGGCUUGAGAUCUCAUGGGAUGAAUUACAUAUCAAGGAGCGUGUUGGUGCUGGUUCUUUUGGGACAGUGCAUCGUGCUGAAUGGCAUGGAUCGGAUGUUGCUGUCAAGGUUUUAACUGUUCAAGAUUUUCAUUAUGAUCAGUUGAGGGAUUUUUUAAGAGAGAUUGCAAUAAUGAAACGUGUCCGUCAUCCAAAUGUAGUUCUUUUCAUGGGUGCUGUUACUAAGCCUCCUCAUCUAUCAAUUGUAACAGAGUACCUGCCUAGGGGUAGUCUAUACCGCCUCAUACACAGGCCAGCUGCUGGGGAAAUGCUGGAUCAGAGGCGGCGGUUACGUAUGGCACUGGAUGUGGCAAAGGGCAUCAAUUAUCUUCAUUGUCUGAACCCUCCUAUUGUUCACUGGGACCUAAAAUCUCCAAAUUUGUUGGUUGAUAAAAAUUGGACAGUAAAGGUGUGUGACUUUGGGUUGUCCAGAUUUAAAGCAAACACGUUUAUAUCAUCAAAAUCUGUAGCUGGAACACCCGAGUGGAUGGCUCCUGAAUUCCUUCGUGGAGAGCCCUCAAAUGAGAAAUCUGAUGUCUACAGUUUUGGAGUCAUCCUAUGGGAGUUGGUCACCAUGCAACAGCCGUGGAAUGGACUUAGUCCUGCACAGGUUGUUGGAGCUGUAGCUUUCCAAAAUAGAAGGCUUGCCAUACCACAGAAUACCUCCCAUGCGUUGGCUUCUCUUGUGGAAUCCUGCUGGGCUGAUGAUCCAGCUCAGCGCCCAUCUUUUGGCAAUAUAGUUGAGUCAUUGAAGAAGUUGCUGAAGUCUCCACUCCAGUUGAUACAGAUGGGCGGGACAAUAAAGAGUAGCUCCACCAAAGCCAGCUAAUAACUCGUGUGGAAUAUAUUUCGAGCACUCUGAACAGAUUUCGGAGCUUUGGUUGACAACUAAGUAAUGGUAAACCUCAGUAAUGUGUACUACUAAGUACUAACAGAGCCUCUUUGGUUCCAGGCAACUGUAGAUUUGUUACUCAUCUAACCGAUUUGAAAGUCAACUAAAGUCAUGAAAGUGGAAAUCUGCAUUUCAGAAAGCAGAGUUUUUCCUUCUGUAUUUGAAUAGGUAUGAGUAGCCUCUCUCAUAAGUUAUUUAUCAUUGCCAUUUCAGAACGUCAUAGAAUUAGGUAUAAGUCUGUAUUAUGCAUGCAACUGAAACUGCAAUUCUGUGCUGUAAUGAGGAAGUUCCUUCAUUGUGUU